CUCCUGCUUCUCCAAAUCACCAAGACGCACGACGCAACCAUAUCUAUCCCUAGCUAGCAGCAGCUCUCUGUUAUAACCUAGCUAGCUAGCUAGCUAGAGCCCCAGCAGCCCAGAGGAGCGAGCAAGCGCGAGAGCUAGCUACGACCCGGCCGUACCACAGCUGCUACACUAGCUAGGUGUGUCAUCGUCGUCAUCGUCCAUGGGGUCCAUGGGGAAGGCACUACCGGCCACCGUCGACGAGAUCAGGCGUGCGCAGCGCGCGGAAGGGCCGGCCGCCGUGCUCGCCAUCGGCACGGCGAACCCGCCCACAAUCAUGCCCCAGGACGACUACCCCGACUACUACUUCCGCGUCACCAACAGCGAGCACCUCACCGACCUCAAGGCCAAGCUCAGCAGGAUCUGCAACCACAACAAGUCCGGCAUCAGGCAGCGCUACCUGCACCUCAACGAGGAGCUUCUCGCCGCCAACCCGGGCUUCAUCGACCCCAAGCGGCCGUCCCUGGACGAGCGCGUGGAGAUGGCCUCCGCCGCCGUCCCGGAGCUGGCCGCGAAAGCCGCCACCAAGGCCAUCGCGGAGUGGGGCCGUCCCGCCACCGACAUCACCCACCUCAUCUUCAGCACCUACUCCGGCGCGCGUGCCCCGAGCGGAGACCGCCGCCUCGCCUCCCUGCUGGGCCUCCGCCCCACCGUGUCCCGCACCAUCCUCAACCUCCACGGCUGCUACGGCGGGGGGCGGUCGCUCCAGCUCGCCAAGGAGAUCGCCGAGAACAACCGCGGCGCGCGCGUCCUCGUCGCCUGCUCCGAGCUCACGCUCAUCGCCUUCUACGGGCCCGAGGGAGGCUGCGUCGACAACAUCAUCGGCCAGACCUUGUUCGGCGACGGUGCCGGCGCCGUCGUCGUCGGCGCCGACCCUGACGCCGCCGUCGAGCGCCCGCUGUUCGAGAUGGCGUUCGCGACGCAGACCACGAUACCGGAGAGCGAGGACGCCAUCUCCAUGCAGUACAGCAAAUGUGGCAUGGAGUACCACCUCUCCAGCAAGGUGCCACGCCUGAUAGGGUGCAACGUGGAACGCUCCCUUGUCGACACGUUCCGCACGCUCGGCGUCACCGCCGCAUGGAAUGACCUGUUCUGGGCGGUUCACCCCGGAGGUCGUGCCAUCCUGGACAACAUCGAGGAAGUGCUCGGUCUGGAGGACGACAAACUGGCGGCGAGUCGCCAUGUGCUCAGUGAGUUUGGCAACAUGAGUGGCACCACGGUGAUCUUCGUGCUCGAUGAGUUGCGCCGACGUCGGGCAGCGGCGGCGAAGCAGGGAGGGGAAACGCCGGAGUGGGGAGUGCUCAUGGCUUUUGGACCGGGAAUCACAAUCGAGACCAUAGUGCUCCACACCCCAAGCAACCCGGAACUGGAGGGAAAUUGACAAUUCAAACAACGACCAAAAAAAAAACUUGGUAUAGCGGUUGCAUGCCCUGGCUAAAAUAAGGUCCACAUAUAUCGCCAAUUCAUGGACCAUAAGGUGGAGUGUUUUUUUUUUCACUAAUUAUUCGGCGUGAUGAUAUAUUGUUGUGUUAAUUGUAUUAUGUAUACUUCAAUAUGUACCUAUAAUAAUAUUAAAAAGAAAAAAAAUCGGUUCAUCAUCA